CCUGAGAUCUCUUCCUUGAACAGACUCUUUGUCAAAGUGGGCUUCAGUACACUGGAGGUGUUUGCAGAGUUCAAUAGAAUAGCCACCACAAAUCUGCAAAAUAACUUUUUUGAUGCCCUGGAUCGAUACACACCACGCUUUGUCACAAUGUUCAAGUCCAAAAAAGGAAGUGUUGGAGAGACAUUGUCCAUGUUUGUGCAGAAAAUUAAUUCAGAGAAACCUGAUGUGACAGCAAUGCACACCCUUGUGCUACGAGGCCUCCCUGUUCUACUUGGUGAUGACCCCAGUACAUUCUACAUCACCUGCUUCCCUUCUGACAGCGAUGAAGUCUGGGCACGUUUACCUGUUGGACUGAUGACUGUCAUUGAUGAAAGUAUGCCUGCUUCUCCAAAUCAUCUCCACCUUGACCCAGUGUCUAUUGCCAUCAUAGCCGAGGGAGGUACUGUAAUGGAGGAUCUCCAGAACCUACCUCAAGCACUUUGCCUCUUCUUUGGACUUUUAUUUGCUUUACACCUGGAAUACCCUAAAGCCAUGAAAAAACACUAUUAACUUCAUUCAAAGAGUGAUGCUGGGCCUGGGGGGGGGGGGGAACAAACUCCCACAAAAAACUGCAAAGUCUGAAGAAUCUCCUGUUGUGUUAG